AUGGCUGCAACACCAGCUAAUCAACAACAAAAUGGUCAUCCUCAAAAUGAUGAUCAUAAACAUAUACAAAUUAAAGAUUCAUUUUUAGUUGGAAAAGCUCUUUUAAAUUUUACAUCAAUAUUUGUUUCAUUGGGUGUAUUUUUAUUUGGUUUUGAACAAGGUUUAAUGUCAUCAUUAAUUACAAAUGAAUUUUUUAAAUCUUAUUAUCAUGAACCUAAACCUGCUGCAAUUGGUAUAAUGAUAUCUAUAUUAGAAAUUGGAGCAUUAUUUUCAAGUUUUAUAGCAGGAAGAGUUGGAGAUUUAGUUGGUAGAAAAAAAACAAUUAGAUAUGGUUCAUUUAUAUUUGUUAUUGGAGCACUUAUACAAUUUUUAUCACCAACUAUUUUUAUUUUAAGUUGUGGUAGAUUAAUUGGGGGUGUUGCUAUUGGAUUUUUAACAACUAUUGUUCCUAUUUAUCAAUCUGAAAUUAGUCCACCAACAGAUAGAGGAUUUUAUGCUUGUGCUGAAUUUACUGGGAAUAUUAUUGGUUAUGCAGCAAGUAUAUGGGUAGAUUAUGGAUUUUCAUUUUUUGAAAGCAAUACAAGUUGGAAACUGCCCUUAUUUGUACAAUUUAUGAUGGGAGUAUUUUUAUGGUUAGGUACAUAUAUUAUAGUUGAAACUCCAAGAUGGUUAUUGAAUCAUGAUCAUGAUUUGGAAGGAAUGGUUGUGAUUGCGGAUAUGUAUGCCGAUGGAGAUGUAGAGGAUGAACAUGCAAAAAAUGAAUAUAGAAAUAUUAAAGAAGGUGUAUUGAUAGAUAGAAUUGAAGGUGGUGAAAGAUCUUAUCAAUAUUUAUUUAAAAGGUAUGCUAAAAGAUUAUCAGUUGCUUGUUUUGGAUUAUUUUUCAGUCAAAUGAACGGUAUUAAUUUAAUAUCUUAUUAUGCUCCAAUGAUUUUUGAAAGUGCUGGCUGGGUGGGUAGACAAGCUAUAUUUAUGACUGGUAUUAAUUCAAUUAUUUAUGUUUUAAGUACAAUUCCACCUUGGUAUUUAGUUGAUUCAUGGGGAAGAAAACCAUUAUUAAUGGUUGGGGCAUUAUUUAUGGGAAUACCACUAUACAUUGCUGGAUACUCGUUGUAUUUAGACGAUAAGUAUACCGCCGCAGUAGUAGUCACUAGUAUUAUAAUAGCUAAUGCAGCAUUUGGAUUCUCAUGGGGAGGAAUUGGUUGGUUAUUACCAUCGGAAAUAUUACCAUUACCGGUAAGAUCAAAGGGUGCAGCAUUAGCAACAGCAACAAAUUGGUUAUCAAAUUUCAUUGUUGGAUUAGCAUCACCUAUAUUAUUGGAUGAAAUUAAAUGGAAAACAUAUUUAAUUCCUGCCACUUCAUGUAUUAUAUCAUUUUUUGCAGUUUGGUAUUUAUUUCCAGAAACUAAAGGAUUAUCAUUAGAGGAAAUGGGAUCAGUUUUUGAUGAUAAAUCAUCAAUAUUCUCCUAUCAUGCAUCAGGUAAUGUUGGAUCAAAUUCAAGUUCAGCUAAUUCAUUAAAUAAUUAUGGAUCAACAACUGAAAGAAGACCAUCUCAAUCAGUGAAUGAACCAGAAACAGUACAAACUGCAGCAAUGAUGGCAAGAAAUCCUGCAACAAUGAGACCAGAAUUAGAUAAUUUAAUAGUUGGAGGAUCAACUUCAAAUAUAAUACCUGCUGCAAGUACAUCAAGCCUAAAACCUGUUAAAUCAGAUGCAGGAUCAAUAGCUUCAUUUGAUAUGAAUAAUGUUGAUGUUGUACAAGAAAUUGAACCACCUACUUUAAAACAAAUUCUAGAUUAUAAAUUAAGAGAACAAAAUAAACCAAGUUUCAUAUCUGAAUUGUUUAAUAAGAAUGAGAAAAAGAAAAAUAACGAUGAAGAAAAUAGACUAUUAGAAUAA